AUGAGGCAUCACCAAUCAGAUUGGAGCUCCCUUGAGGGCGUUGUGACCAGCCUAUUAGAUGGCAACCCCAUUGCCAUUCUAAUCACGGCCUUUAUUGCCUUUGGUCUGCCCGUUCUUCUACAUCUGAUUUUCUACCAGACAGUGGCAUCUCCGCCUGUGAGCAAUUUCUUGCUGCUUGGACCCAGCGGGGCAGGUAAGACAGCUCUAGUGACAUUGCUUGAAGCGAAAUCGUCUCUACUCGUCAAGAAGUCCAAGGCCACACAUACUUCUCAGACGUCCACCAACGCCACCGUUAGCCUUCCCGUUUCAGUUCCGACUGCUUCCAACCGCUUCCGAUCGGUAAAUGACCCGUCGUUGAAAGAUGUCUCGAGAAAUCCCAUAAAAUAUAAUGUUAGAGAUACCCCCGGCCAUGGGAAACUGCGGGGAACUCAGGGCGUGGCUCAGCUUCAGUCAAUGUCGAGCGCCAAGGACCCAAGAAUGAGAGCUCGCGGAGUAAUCUUCGUGGUCGACACGGCGGCUCUCACUCAAGACGAGACUUUACGUGAUACCGCCAGCUAUCUACACGAUGCCCUUCUGGCUCUACAGAGACGAGCUCUAGGCAAGGGGAAGGCUGCCUUGAAAGCCGCAGGAGAAAUUCCUGUGCUCGUGGCCGCCAACAAGCAGGAUCUUUUCACUGCCCUGCCUCCCGGUUCAGUGCGUGAAAAGUUGGAAUCCGAGAUUGACAGAAUCCGGAAGUCAAAGAGCAAGGGCCUCAUGGAUGCCAGUGUUGAUUCUGGAACAGGGGAGGGUGAAGAUGAAAUCUUGGGUAAUGAUGAUGUUCAGGACCCAUUCACCUUUAAGCUUCUGGAGGAGGAUGUUGGCAUCAAGGUCGAUGUUGUCGGUGGAGCGGUAAAGGGAGACGAUGAAGAGAAUGUUGGAUCUGGCGUGAGACGAUGGGAAGAAUGGAUCGGUCAGUGUCUGUGA